AGCGCGCGGCGCGUUCGCGGACAUUCGGCCGACGCGACGGGUACGGCGGUCGGCAUCAGCCGUGUUUCGCAGUUUCGGCAAUCCGCGGCACCGUGCGGCGGGGCGUGAGCGCGUGAACGCAAGCGGGAAACGAGGUCGGACCUGGUGGCGGAUCACGGCGUGCUGUCCUCUGCCCUGUCAGCGUGCGAGACGCGUCGCGAUCCUCGCGUCAGCCACCCUGCGUGGAUCGCGUGGCCGCGAAGGGCACGACGUCGACGACGUCCUUUGCCGACUUUCUCUCUCUCUAUCUCCCACUCUCUCUAGCUGUCUGCCUGUCUGUCACGUCCCCGCUGAGAGAUGUUGGGCCUGGUUUGCCGUCAGGCGAAUUUGCUGGCGAGCACCCAAAAAGUCGGCACCAGAUGCCUGGGAUCGAUCGUGCCGGUGCCGAACCCACCGGACUUCCCGUUGGAGAAUGAACCCGUUCUCAACUACAAGAAGGGAAGCUCGGAACGGACGGAAUUGGAGAAGGUCUUGGAUACCAUGAGCAAUGAUUGCGAAGAAGUGCCGUUGGUGAUCGGGAACGAGGAGAUCAAGACGAAUCUCUGCAAGUAUCAAGUCAUGCCGCACAAUCACAAGUGCAAGAUCGCCAAGUAUCAUUGGGCGACGCCGGAGCUGGUGAAGAAGGCGAUCGACGUCGCCGUGAAGGCGCAACGGGAAUGGGAGAAGUGGCCGAUCGAGAAACGACUGGAGAUGUGGCUGAGGAUAGCGAACCUCAUGGCGACCAAGUACCGACAACACCUGAACGCUGCCACUAUGCUCGGCCAGAGCAAGACCGUAAUUCAAGCGGAAAUUGACAGCGCGGCCGAGUUGAUUGACUUCUUCAAAAUGCACGCGUAUUUUGUGAAGGAGAGCCUCAAGUAUCAGCCGAUCUCGCCGAAUCAGCAGACUCUCAAUUCGAUGAGGUAUCGCGGCAUGGACGGUUUCGUCGCGGCGGUGUCACCUUUCAACUUCACCGCCAUUGGCGGCAAUCUUAGCUACACGCCGGCUCUAAUGGGUAAUGCCGUGCUGUGGAAGCCAUCCGACACGGCGUUGCUGUCCAACUGGUGGAUCUUCAAGAUCUGCCGGGAGGCUGGCGUGCCACCCGGCGUAGUGAACUUCAUUCCCUGCGAGGGACCUGUGUUCGGCGACACCAUCACGUCUUCGUCUUUCUUAGCUGGCAUCAACUUCACCGGCUCGGUGCCGACGUUCAAUCGUCUCUGGGGACAAGUUGGCCAGAAUCUAAACAAAUACAGGAACUAUCCGAAACUGAUCGGCGAAUGUGGUGGCAAGAACUACCACUUUGUUCACUCGAGCGCUGACGUGGAGUCUGUGGUCUACGCGACGAUCAGGAGCUCCUUCGAGUACAAUGGACAAAAGUGUUCCGCUUGCAGCCGGAUGUACGUGCCGGAGUCUCUGUGGGGCAAGGUGAAGGACGGCCUAUUAGAGCUCCGCAAGAAACUCACGAUCGGCGACGUUCGAGACUUCACCAUAUUCACCGGCGCCGUGAUCGACGACAUCGCGUUCAAACGAAUCUCCGGUUACAUCGACUAUGCGAAGAAGUCGCCGAAGAUGGAGGUUAUCGGCGGCGGCGGCUACGACAACUCGCGCGGAUACUUCAUUGAGCCGACGAUCGUACAAAGCAAAGAUCCGAAAGAGAAGCUCAUGACGGAAGAGAUCUUCGGUCCGGUGCUGACGGUGUAUGUCUACAAGGAUUCCGAUCUGGAAGAGACAAUGAAACUGGUAGAGACGUCUACACCGUACGCUUUAACUGGCGCGAUAUUCGCGCAAGACGAGAAAUGGGCGAAGAAGGCGCUCGAGGAGAUGAAAUACACUGCCGGCAACUUUUAUGUGAAUGAUAAGUCCACUGGGUCAGUCGUCGGCCAGCAGCCGUUCGGCGGCAGUCGAAUGUCGGGCACAAACGAUAAAGCCGGUGGACCGCACUACGCUCUUCGUUGGGCAUCUCCACAAGCCAUCAAGGAGACCUUCGUGCCUCUACGGGAGUACGAUUAUCCAUAUAUGAGAUCGUAAACGUCGCCGUCGGCAUGGGAGAAGACGCCAACGGCGCGGCGUUAUCGUACCUCGCUGCAUUAUUCGACUGGCGAGAAAAGAAUAUUCCGUUACUCAAGUGAGGUAUCGUACGGAAUUGCGAGCAGUUGUCGCAACAGAGUGUAUGUGCGCGUUCACAAAUUUAUCAUAAAUUUAAGAGAGAAAUGAAUUUAUUGAGCUAAGAUAAAGGUAACAGAAUUAAGAUAGUGUUUCAAACUCGUUUAGACGGUUUCCUUUCGUUCAUACAUCACAUAAUCUAAAAGAGUUGCAGCAGGAGGAAAUUGUGAUUAUAGAAACGAGAUGUGAAAAGUAGCUUUCAAGCAGAAACCUCACCUGAGUAAAGCGGUCUGUGACCCGUAUUAAUAGUUAUUAUUUGAAACUUAUCUUAAGUGAAAUAUUCGGAUUUUAAUUCAGAGUUGUUCAAAUAAAUCUUGAUUACAGAUAACACAUGUAUCAGAUAUUAUUGAAAAACUUGGAUCUAAUUCCGAAUAAAAAUCUGAACAUCUCACUUGAGACAAAUUUCAAGUGACAUUUAUUAAUACAGGCCUUAGUCUCUCACGAUGCGAUGUUUUUUAAUUUAUUUUCUUAUCACGUUCAAUUGGAGGAUCAAGCAGAGAUUUGGACGUGGUGAACGGAGCUAUAAGUAGAUUGUAUUGUACCGUGAGACGACGAGACGUCAGCGUCCAGUUAAUUCAGCGUACAAGAACGAGAAAACGAUUUCGUGUGCUUCGCGUAGGAGUUCUCUCGAUAAAAAAAAAAAAGAAAAGAAAAGCACAGUAAGUUCAGGAGCGCAACGCGAUGCACAAUAGACACACGACUAGGUUUCUAGAUGAAACUUGCCGGAAGAAGGUGAAGCAGGAAAAGUUCUCAAGCUCGCAGGUCGCAGCAAGUAACGUUUUAGCUUCGAACGUUCCGUUGAUACCGUCUGGCGGCGAACGUAUGGGAUUCUAAGAGUCUUCGUAAAAAUCACUGUAAGAGGAAAAAGAAGGUCAUGAUUGCGAUCUAAGCAUAAUUUUGAGGACAUGUAAAUAUCGCGUCUAUUUUAAAAUUCUCCAAACUCGCGUUCUCCGAGAACACAUUCAUUUCUUGAUAAUCAAAAUUUCCUUGUAUUUUAUAUUAUUUUUUCAUAUUUUAUUUAUAUUAAGUGUAGUAGAGUUAUAUUGUUAUAUUUUUUUAAUACUAAAUAUAUUACAUUUAAUAUAAUACAUUUAAUAAAUAUAUUAUAUUUAAAAUAAUAUAAAUAUAUUUAAGAUAUAAUAUACCUUCAUGCUUUAUUUUCUUUCAAGACGUUUAUAGCGUUUAACUUUUUUUUAUCCUUGUUAUAAAUAUUUAUGCGAUCAUAAUUGCGCUUAGAUGUAGUGGAAUUUUGCCUCUUGCUCUAUGCAACCCUACACACACGACUAGAUUGUUCGCCGCCAGUACAUUACCAAAGUAUUACCGUGCAUUUCGGGGACGUGUGAUCUCUACGCCGCGUACCGCGAUGUAUUCUCUCUUUCUCUCUCUUUCUCUCUCUCCUCUCUCUCUCCCUCUCUCUCUCUCUUUCUUUUCCUUUCAUUCUCUCAAUACUUUUAUAACUCAGGUAAAUAUUAUCGCAUCAGACGAUCGAGGAAGAACGAGGAGAGAGGGAUGUAUUCUUUUCCGUACGGUACCUAAUCUCUCUAGAUAGAAUGCAUAUGAGUUUUAUAAUAUCGGCAACGUAGAAUGAAAAUUGUUAAUGUGAUCAAUAAAGCUUCAGCUUGGAUUUUGUUUUUUCAGGCGCGACUAUAUUCACAUACUCGUUGGAUUCCCUUUGUACUUUCGUAGAGAGAUUACCUCAUGGGUACGCAGCUUUGACGAACUCUGUCCCCAGUAAACACCAAUUAACACCUAUACAGUACAAAUCUUCAAAGGACGUUCUAAAAACGUUCUAAGGAUAUUUAUACAUCCUAAGAACAUCCUAAAACAUUCUCUGAAAACUUUGUGUUAUCUGGACAGUAAUAUUCCAUCAAAGAUAUGAUUUCCUACUCAACGAUGCAACAGAAUACCUGCGUCAUAUUGUUGAAUAAAAAAUUAUAACAUCGAUGUUAUGUAUUACAUGAUAACUGGUGUUUACUGGGUUCAUUCGUAAUGUUGUAAUUUAUAAGAUUGUACAUACAAAGAGAUGUCCUGUCCGCGAAGAUCCCACUGUUAUAAUAACAGUCGAUACUCUCUUCAAUUGCAUCACCGGUCUCGAACAUCGAACGUACAUUGUUGAUAGUGUGACUGAAAAGAGAAAAAAAAUAAAAAGAGAAAACAGAGAUGUGUUACGCGAGUCGAGAGAGACGACCGUCGUAUAGUAAUUGACAAUAUGUUACAUAUUGCGGCAAGUGUUACAGCGUUAUUUAUUUUAAGUGUACAAUAGCAAUAAAAAACAAUAGAAGUCGC